GUUCUGAGUCUGAGACAUCAAACUAAGGCAGCAGGAAGCCGUAUUGAUCAGCUAACAUCUCUCUCUGAUUGCUACAAUUUCAUAGCUGCUGGAAUUCAACCAACCCUUUCGUUAUAUAGAGGUUCAUACACAUCAUUGACAGGUUUCUUCUAUUUUAGAAUGCGGAAAGAAAAACGUAAACAAUCCAAAGAUGAAGAAAACGAUUCAUCCUCGCGAAAGAGAAGAAAAGCAGAUCUCAGAAAACCUGUCAGUUUUGUCUCCACAGCUGCCAUGACAGAGCCAGAGUCUUCUCGAUCUAGACCAAAAGGGGCCUAUGAUGUGUUUUUGAGUUUUAGAGGAGAAGAUAAUCGCAAGAAUUUUACAGAUCAUUUAUAUACUGCCUUAGUCCAAGCAGGAAUCCACACUUUUCGAGAUCAUAAUGAAAUUCCUAGAGGUGAAGAAAUCUCCAAACAUCUCCUCAAGGCAAUUCAAGAAUCAAAGAUAUAUAUAGUGGUGUUCUCAAAAGGAUAUGCUUCUUCUAGAUGGUGUCUUAAUGAACUAGUAGAGAUUCUUGAGUGCAAAAAGAGGAAAACCGGUCAGAUUAUUCUUCCUGUAUUCUAUGACAUUCAUCCUUCAGAAGUGAGAAAACAGACCGGCAGUUUUGCAAAAGCAUUUGAUAGACAUGAAGAACGUUUUAAAAAGAAGGUGAAGGAAUGGAGAAAAGCUCUUGAGGAAGCCGGAAAUCUAAGUGGAUGGAAUCUCAAUGAUAUGGAAAAUGGGUACGAAUCAAAAUUUAUCCAAGACAUCAUCAAGGAUGUGUUGAAUAAAUUGGAUCCCAAGUACAUAAAUGUUGCUACUAACCUGGUAGGUAUUGAUCGCCUCGUCCAUACUAUUAGCGACUUCCUAAGUACUGCAACAGAUGAGGUUUGCAUUGUGGGCAUACAUGGGAUGCCAGGAAUAGGAAAGACGACCAUAGCAAAAGUUUUAUUUAAUCAACUCUGCUAUGGAUUCGAGGGACGCUGUUUUCUUUCAAAUAUCAAUGAUACAUCAGAACAAUCUAAUGGUGUUGUUCUUUUACAAGAACAACUUCUUCGUGAUAUCUUAAAACAAAAUGGUGCUAACAUCGAUAAUGUUGAUAGAGGAAUGGUUCUGAUCAAAGAAGGACUUUGUCACAAAAGAGUUCUAGUUGUUCUUGAUGAUGUGGCUCAUCAGAAACAACUAAAUGCUAUGAUGGGAGAGCGAAGUUGGUUUGGUCCCGGAAGUAGAGUAAUAAUUACAACUAAAGAUGCACGCUUGCUUCUUAAAGUGGAUCGAACAUAUCAGGUAGAAGAAUUGAAACGAGAUGCGUCCCUUCAGCUUUUCAGUUGGCAUGCCUUCAGGGACACCAAGCCAGCAAAAGAUUAUGUUGAGGUUUCGAAUGAUGUAGUUGAUUACUGUGGAGGGCUUCCUUUAGCCCUUGAGGUUUUAGGUUCUUGUUUGUCCGGGAAAAACAAAUCUAGGUGGAAAUGUGUAAUUGACAAAUUGAGAAAAAUUCCAAACCGUGAUAUUCAGGAAAAACUUCGAAUAAGUUUUGACAAACUGGAUGACCAUAAACUAAAAAAUACAUUUCUUGACAUUGCAUGUUUUUUUAUUGGUAGAAAUAAAGAAUAUGUAGCAAAUGUACUAGAGGUUCGUUGUGGAUAUCAUCCAGAAGAUGAUUUGGGAACUCUCAGUGAAAGGUCUCUGAUUAAAGUUAAUGCUUCUGGAAAGAUAAGCAUGCAUGAUCUAUUACGAGACAUGGGAAGGGAGAUUGUUCAUAAAGAGUCACCUAACCACCCUGGAAAACGCAGCCGAAUUUGGCAAUGUGAGGAUGCAUGGAAUGUACUCAGCAAACAGAAGGGAACGAAUGCUGUAGAGGGUAUAGUGCUGGAUGUGAGAUCAUCAGAAGAUAAAUCAGUGAGCACAAGAUCAUUUAAAAAGAUGAGAUGCUUGAAGUUACUGCAAAUUAAUGGAGUACAUUUGACUGGACCCUUCACACUGCUUUCUGAAGAGUUGAUAUGGAUUUGUUGGCUUGAGUGCCCUUUGAAAUAUUUUCCAUCCAAUUUGACUUUGGACAACGUAGUUGUUCUUGAUAUGCAAUAUAGUAACAUCAAAGAACUAUGGAACCAAAAAAAGAUUCUCAACAAGCUGAGAAUCCUUAAUCUCAGUUAUUCAAAGCAGCUUGUUAAAACACCAAACUUGCACAGUUCCAGUUUAGAGAAACUAAUGCUUGAAGGUUGCUCGAGUUUAGUUGAGUUGCAUCAAUCUGUUGGACAUUUAAAGAGCCUUGUUUUCUUGAAUAUGAAGGGAUGUUGGAGGCUAAAGAUUCUUCCUGAAAGUAUUUGUGAUGUAAAGUCUCUUGAAAGCUUGAAUAUUUCUGGGUGUUCACAACUUAAAAAGUUGCCGGAGCGCAUGGGUGAUAUUGAGUCCUUUACUCAGCUGUUUGCAGAUGGAAUAGAGAAUGAGCAAUUUUUAGCUUCAAUUGAACAUUUAAAGUAUGUAAGGAAGUUGUCAUUGUGCGGAUACAAUUUCAAUCUGGACUCACCAUCAGCUACAUCCUGGCCUUCACCAAUUUCAUCUUGGAUAUCAGCGAGUAUUCCAAAUUGGGAAACUUUGCUGCCAACUUCCUUCACUGGUUGGAAAUUAUUGAGAAAACUAAGACUUGCUUAUUAUGGUUUGUCUGAACGCGCAACUAAUUCUGUUGAUUUUGGUUGUUUGUCCUCUCUCGUAGAAUUGAAUCUAUCAGGAAACAAUUUCUUCAGUCUGCCUUCUGGCAUCGGGGUCCUUCCUAAGCUGCGAGUAUUGAGAGUGUCGUAUUGCGGCAAACUUGAAUCAAUCUCAGAGCUUCCCUCAAAUUUAAAAUUCUUGGAUGCAAUCGGUUGCACAUCAAUGGAAAGAGUAAGACUGCCAGUCCUGUCAAAAAAAAAAAUGAAAAUCUGUCUCUAUAUAGGUGUUCAAAUUUAGUAGAGAUUCAGGGCAUGGAAGGUCUACGUAGUCAUGGCUGGAUUAUUUCCUCUGAUACCGCCUGCGAUUUAUCAAAUAAUAAGAAGAAGAGUGUUGUUGAGGCAUUGUGCAAUGGUGGUUAUGGAUAUCAUAUUCGCUCCUAUGAUGCCAAAUUGGUUAUGGGAAUCUAUUAUAAUAAGUUGCCAAAGGGGUUCACCUACCAUGGAGAAGGAUGUUCAUUAUCAUUUCAUACACCUCCAGUUUUCCAAGGGUUGAUUUUUUGGGCUUUCAGUACAAGGAUUUUUUUGAGUAGUAGCCAUACAAUCAAUGCUAUUAUUAAAAAAAAGAGCAACGGUAUUCAAUUGUUUGAAGCUACACAAGUAGUCGGACUCUAUUCCCCUAUUAGCUGGAUGGGAUACAUAAGUUUAAGUGAGAUGGCAAUGGAAGAAUGUUGUGGGCACGAAGAGUUGGAAUUGUAUGUGAAUUUGGGUGGCGAAGACAUUAAUGUGAAACAAUGUGGGAUCCAAGUUAUAGUAGAUUUGGAUUCAUUUGAAGAGGCAGAGUGGGAUCAUGGCAUUGGAAACCAAGAGUUAGAAGUUGGAAGUGAUGGAGUAGUACCUUCACCACCAAAUCAUCUGCUUCAUCAUCCCCUUUAUGGUUCAGUAGCAUUUAAUACAAUUGAACAGUGGAAAGAUUAUUUAUUUAGGAAGAGUAUUUAUCCACUUCGUGCAGGAACGUUAACCUGAGCUCAAUUAGUCGAAGGAUUUCUUUGUGAGAGUUCCGUCCUUUAUGCCCUCCUAGGUCUGAUGAUAUUAUCGCCUUGUUGUAUAAAAUUAGUAAGUAAAUAAAGCAUUUUAUUUUUUAGUUAGGAAAAUGAUUGAAACAUUGGACUUUGAUUGCUUG